UCUCCCUUGACUCGCCGGAACCCACCAAACGAUGCUUCUGUGGAAGAAGGCACUUCAUUGAAGCUGCGUCGCUGGGAACUACACUGUUCCCAAUUCAACCCUCCUCAGCUACCAAUUCCAAUUCUGAUUACACAACUUUGCUUAACAAGUUUCACCCACCCAGACCUGAAUGGUACGAGGAGUUCUAUGCUUCGGUUAUGAAUUCAGCUACUAAGUCUUAUGAAGCUGAGGUACUUUGUUCAUUCUUCACUAAUAUGGUUGCACGGUACAAGUCACAAAUCUUCAGUAAUUUGAAAGGGAAGGCUCUUAAAAUAUUGGAGAUUGGUAUUGGAACAGGUCCUAACCUCAGUUAUUAUGCUAGUGAUUCUGAUGUAAAGGUUGUUGGCAUUGAUCCAAACCCGAAGAUGGAAAAGUUUGCUCGGUACUCUGCUGCAUCAGCUGGAUUGCCACUUUCCAAUUUUGAUUUUAUACAAGCUGUUGGGGAGGCUAUACCAUUAAGUGAUGCUUCUGUUGACGCAGUUGUUGGAACGCUUGUAUUGUGUUCUGUUAAAGAUGUUGAUAUGACGCUGAAAGAAGUGAGGAGGGUACUUCGACCUGGUGGACUAUAUGUGUUUGUCGAACAUGUAGCUGCAAAAGAUGGAACAUUUCUCAAAUUUGUACAGAGAGUUCUUGAUCCUCUGCAACAGACAAUUGCAGAUGGGUGUCACCUUUCUAGGGAAACGGGAAACAAUAUAUCUAGAGCUGGAUUUUCUAGCGUUGAGCUUAACAUGGCAUUCUUGUCUAAUGCUGCAUUUAUAAACCCCCAUGCAUAUGGAAUAGCUCACAAGUAGAAUCAUGUCUUUGAUUGCUUCUUGCUAGGUUGCAUGAAAAGGAUUGUAGCCAUUUUCAGGUACUUUCAAUAGAGGGCAGGUUUGAACCCAAAAGACUUGUUCUGACUUUGAGGCUCUGCUGUGUUCAAAUAUCUGUUCACGUAUAUGUCCUCACCAAAUCAUCAUCAAGUUCAACAUGCAUUGAUCACUUGUAUUGCCAAAUGGUUGAGUUGGACAGGCUAUCCAUUCUUUGAAGUUUAUGAUGGUGUAUCAUCAUAUAAACAUGUAUAGGACCCUCUUUAUAUACUUGGAAGCUUCUACUACUAUUGGUAACUUCUUACGGGGGCAUGCUUGUAAAUGAUCAAGCAUAUAAUUGAAGUUAAAAAACAAAUAAACAGGAGAACUUUAUUGUAUAAUCUCCUUGAACUUGAUGUGAAUGUGACUAAACGAGACCUUGUGUAAUAUUCAAUUACAUACUAUUUUGCAUGUAAGAUUUUGUUGUUGCACCCUUUGUUUUUAUUCGAGUUCUAU